AAGAGGGAAGAUGCUACUUGGAAAUGCAGAAGGCAAAUUAGACCGUUACAUUUGUCUGAUUUCAAGAAAAGGAGAUCAUGCUAUAUUUUUAUACUCUUCAACACGAGUUCCUUGUCUGAUAGCAGAGGAUCUUUGCCUGGAGGUUGUUUUCCCUAUUGACAGUACGCUACAGUAUACUACAGAUGUGCCGAAGAAAGGACAAGGUGUGAAAUGUCUACUUGGAUUGCGUACAAUGGACAAAAACAUUCGUAUAGAACUGAAUAAUGAUGGAUCAAGUCAGAAAUUUUUCUUGGAGAUUAAAAGAACAUCAAGUGCAUAUUCAGUGACGUCAUCCAUGGGACUUCCAUCCUCCUUCAGCUGGCUAGAGAAAUACCAAGCCCUUAUACAAGGGUCUACUCCAUCCCCACAACCAAAUGAUAACCCCUUUGCUAAUGAUGUGUUUGAUCCCUUAAGAUACAUGAAUGUUGACCCGGCUCCCCCUGAAGCUGUGCCAGCUAAGAAAAUUGAGGCACCUACUUUUUAUGCAGACCGAGAUUCUGGUAGUUCAGGGGAGGGAACUACAUCAGGGGAGGGAACUACGUCAGGGGAGACAACACCUUUUGGAUUUGAAAACAAUUUCACAGAUUCUAUUGUAGUGGAUGAUAUACCCAGUAAUCUUAAGAAAAGUCUCAGCAAGGAUUCUCUCGACUAUCUAGAUGAAUCAGACAUGACUGACUCUCUGUCAAGAAUUACUAACCAGCUCGGCCUCGGCGGUUCAGGGGUGGAGCUGGUAGAGGGGAUUAAACCAGCCACAGGACGAGAGAAUAUUGUACGACAUCUGAUGAAUCAGCGGGAAGAAGAAUUCACUCACAAAGAAACUCUCAAAGUAUUCUGUGGGACGUGGAAUGUAAACGGUCAGUCACCUCUCAGCGGUCGGUCACUGGCGAAGUGGCUUGAUGCUGACCAGGAAUGUCCAGACAUAUUUGCUAUCGGGUUUCAAGAACUAGAUCUGAGUAAUCAAGCCUACAUAUUUAGUGAUUCAGCAAAAGAGACUGAAUGGUUAACAGCAGUACGGAAAAGUUUACCUUCGAAAACGUUAUACAAAAAAGUGAAGUUGAUUCGCCUGGUUGGUGUUAUGAUGAUUGUAUACAUUAAAGAAAAAUACGCCCACAAAGUCCAUUUUGUAGACUCGGAUUAUGUCGCCACUGGAAUAAUGGGAAUCAUGGGAAAUAAAGGAGGAGUUGGAGUUAGGUUCUCAAUUCAAGGCACAUCCAUAUGUUUUAUCAAUUCACAUUUAGCAGCACACCAAGAAGAGUUUGAGAGGAGAAACCAGGAUUACCGGGACAUAAACUCCAAGAUGAGAUUUAAGCAGUUUGUUCCACCCCUACAUAUUCGAGAGCACGAUGUCCUGUUUUGGAUCGGAGAUUUAAACUACAGAAUAACUGAUCUGGACAUCGGUAAAGUGAAAACCCUCAUAGAACGAAAACAGUUUAAGGACCUUCGCUGCUAUGACCAGCUUCACCGACAGCUGGGGAGGACAGAUGUGUUUGACGGGUACCAAGAGGGGGAAUUAAAUUUCCAGCCGACCUAUAAAUAUGAUCCUGGUACAGAUGUCUGGGAUACAAGUGAGAAAUGUCGGGCUCCAGCUUGGUGUGAUAGGGUCCUGUUUAAAGGACCCGACAUCAGACUGAAGGCAUAUCGCUGUCACCAGGAUUUAAAAGUCAGUGACCACAAACCCGUCUCCGCUCUCUUUGAUGUUGAUAUUAAAGUCAUUGAUGAUGAGAAAUCCAAGAGGGUAUAUGAGGACAUAAUGAAGCAGUUAGAUCGACUGGAGAAUGAAUACCUGCCCCAAGUGAAACUCAGCAAAACAGAUUUUAUUUUCCAAGAUUUGAAGUUUUUGGAAGCUCAAGUACAGAGUUUGAUAGUGGAGAACACAGGACAGGUACCUGUGACUUUUGAGUUCAUAAAGAAGCUUGACGAAACAAGUCACUGUCGAUCUUGGAUGGAAGUCACUCCCUCACAAUCUGUAGUAGUUCCAGGUGAGGGCUGUGAGAUCCAGUUAAAGGCAUAUGUAGAUGAAAACUCGGUGGGGAAGCUGAGCAGUGGCGAUGACAAGGUGGAGGACAUCCUGGUUCUUCAUCUUCAUGGUGGCAAGGACUUCUUUAUCACUGUUGGAGGUAGCUACAUUCCUAGUUCGUUUGGAUCGUCUAUACAGGCACUUAUACAGAUGCAUGGCCCUAUCAGGGAGGUCCCUGUCGCUCAACUUAUUGAAAUUGAACAGCCUGGAAGUUUAGAGAAGCGAGACCUCACAGCAUCAGGGGGACGAUUGUAUGCCAUUCCAAAAGAAAUAUGGAGACUAGUAGAUCAUAUAUGGAGAGUCGGUAAAUUGGAGACUGGACUGUUUGAGAGAUCAGGACUGCAGACCGAAGUAUCCAAAAUCCGAGAUUGUCUUGACACAGGAGUACCGGACGCCAUACCUGGGAGUAUUCACUCUGUGGCGGCAACUUUAUUACUGUUCCUCAAGUGUCUCCCGGAGUCGGUAAUUCCCUGUAGUGUUUACCAGCGCUGUCUUGAGUGUUCACGCAACUACAUGCUGUGUAAACAGGUGAUAGCACAAAUCCCAGAGUGCCAUAGAAAUGUGUUCCGGUAUUUAUGUGCUUUUCUUCGAGAACUGCUUUCCCAUACCAGCGAUAACAACUUAGAUGUGAAGCUUCUAGCGACAACAUUUGGGAAGAUUUUCCUGCGGCCACCCCCAGCCCCCAUGACUUCAAAGAGACUGAGAUCUACUAGGGAAGAGUCACCUGUUGGUCAAGGUGAAGAAGACAUGAAGAGGGCAGCGUUUGUCUACCACUUCCUAACCAAUGAGUAUGACGAAUGAUCCAGCUGUGAGACAGACUACAGCAAGUGACCCUUAUCUUCUGUAGUGAGCCAGUCAGCACCAUAAAGACUGGUGUUUUAUCAUGUUUGUCUGAUCUCAAUGGGUGACCAAAGCUCUCCCACAAUUAGUGACAUAUAUGGACUAACCUGAGGCUUCAGUGACUGCCUUUCAGAUCAUGUAAUGAAAGUGACCAUCUGAAGUGACCAUAGAAAAAUAACUGACCAUCCUUCUAUGGUAUGGCCAGUGUGAGUGACCACCUCAACUGACCAGUGUAUGUGACCAUCCUUAUAUGUCAUGACCAGUGUGAGUGACCACCUCAACUGACCACAGUGCAUGUGACCAUCCUUAUAUGGCAUGACCAGUAUGAGUGACCACCUAAACUGACCACAGCAUAAAUGACCAUCCUUAUUAGCAAAUAUUAACAAGAUCACUCCAAACAUGAUUCCUUUCCAGUUUGUUGAUGGUGUUAUCCAAAAUUUUCAUCAUUCUAAGAUUGAUUAAGAGAUAGUUAUGAAUGGUCCUGUGAUAAACUGGAUGGUCAUGACAUUUUGAAUGCAUCUGAUAAGUAUUUUGGAUGGUCAUGACAUUCUGAAUGGCCAUUCAUCUGAGAAGUAUUUAGGAUGGUCAUGACAUUCUGAAUGGCCAUUCAUCUGAUAAGUAUUUAGGAUGGUCAUUUGAUAAAUAUUUGGAAGGAUGGUUACAUCAGAAGACAAGAACCUGAUCUGAAUGUUGACAGUCACUUGAUAAAGGAGAAGGAUUAGUAUCAUUCCAUUUCAUGUGAUAACAUUUUGCCUGUGAUUUGUAAACAAUUGAAUACCAGUGCGAUGUUGUAGUACUCAAAGUUGAUUUUAAAAAAAUUAUUUGUUUUCCAGAAAAUUAAUGUAGUAGUUAUGGAUUAUGAGAUCCUAAAUCAAUGGAAAAAUUCAAAAAAGGAAAUAUGUUUUUGAUGUGAUUUAGAAUUUAUUUGCUGCCUAGGUUUUUUUCAGGUAGUUUUAAGAUACAUUAGAUUUGCUUGUUUAUACGACAAUCAGUGUUAAAUGGAACAUUUUAGUGAAGAACUCGGCUGUAUUACAAGAUAAAUCUGGUGUUUAUAGUGCUGAAGUCUGCGACUGGUGCUUUGAUAUUGAGGCAUUCUGUAAUCUCUAUUUUCACAGUAAAAAGCUAUCCUCUAGUAUGUCAGAAAAAACUCAUCAUACAGUUCGGUCAUCCUUGUUUUAUUCAUUUUUUGUAGCGUUUUGGUUGAAUUUUUUUUUUAUGUUUGAACAUUUACCAAAGUUGGAGAGGGGGGAGGGCUUAUUUGUGUUAAAACACAAUUGUGUAACUUAGAGACCUAGUCAAUCUAAAAUGAAGCUGAUAAUUUAAAGGCUUUAUGUUUUUGUAGUGCCAACUGAUAGGGAUUACCCCGCGAUGUUAGUACCAAGCAUUUCACAUCAUCUGUUUGUCCGUCCACCACUAUAAAACAGUGCAUGAUAUAAAAUAUUCUUCAUGUCUAUUGAUAUCUGUCUUGGUGUUUCCCAUGUUGACCAUGAAACAGCUUCACAGAAUUUAUUAUGUAGGUUUCUAAAAGUUUCUCUUAUAUAUUUUAGGAUUAUUUUUUUCUUGAGUAAGGAUUUAAAACAGAAUAAAAUGCACUGAUUGGGCCAUUCAUAUGGGUAAAAACAUGUUCCAGUGACGUCAUCUUCACUUAUAGAGGAUAUGAAUGCUCAAACUUCAAUUACGUUAAUAUUCAAAACAUCUUAAAAAUGAAACAUUGUCACUUCGAAAUUUCAUUUGCAUUUAAAAAAAACUUCAAUAGGAAUCAUAAUAAUCGUAAUUUAAAAAAGUGAUGAAUUUUUCAACAUUAUUAACUCAUGAUCACCCCACUGUGAGACAAGUGAACUUAUGCCAUGAUGUCUAUAGUCUGUCAUCUAUCUUCUAUUCAAUGCCAGUUAUUUUCUCUAUAAACUUCUUUCUCUAAAGCAAAAGGCCUAAUACUGGACUUGUAGGUUCCUUCGAUGAUUAAACCCAAUAAAGUUUACAAAUAGAAGUGAUUUUGACCCAAAUCCCACAGGUGUAAAAUGCUCAAACAAACUUCUGAUUAACCACAAGGCCUAGAAACAAGAUAUUCCAGCUGGUAUACUAUUAAUAUUGUACAUUAUUAGAUAACACCUAACAAAGUUUACAAAAACCUGUAACCUUGGCCCAUAUUCAGGUCGCAGGCAUCAAAUUUGUUAAAGUGUUUGAUUAACUGACAUAAGACAUCAAAGCAGUGAAUAUGCCAGGUGAGUGAUGCAGGCCCACUGAGCCCUUUGUUUAGAUAUAUAUUAUUAUAAAUGUACAUGUACUAUUCCACAGUAAAAUGCAUAAUAUUAUUAUACAUAUUUUUAACUGAAUUUAUUUUGCUUUUGUUAAAAGAUUGUAAUAGCUAACAAUAAAUUGUUGUCAUUUUAUCUUAAAGAAAUUCAUGAAGUUUUUGUGUUAAAGGACAAAUGCCUUGUUUGUCAAAUUGAAGUAAUACAUUGUUUAAAAUGUCUAAAUGAGGAUAAUUCAUUCCAAACAAGACUGGUUGGUAUAAUGAUAUUAAUUUUACCCCAUACUUAUUCUUUAAUUAUAAGACGAGGGGAAAAAAGCAAUGCAUAAACAUCCAUUUGAAAUGAAGAUUAGGUUUAUUGCAGGAUUACAAAGUAGCAUUUGUUGAUAAGAAUCUGCACUAGACUGUGGUGAGUUUAUUACCAGACAUAGGCUUAUAGCCAGAUGGAUGUAAAAAGGUGUAAAAGAUGUGAUGUUUUAGUCCUUAUCAAAAAGGAAAAGUUGUCCGUUUGUGUUCUGGUUUUGUUCAUCAAAGUCUUAAAACUUUAA